GUUGGAGAGCCCAUAAAAGAAUAAACCAUUAAAACAAAAUAGAAAUCGGCUGGCAGGAAUCGGAGAUUCCCUCAAUCUUGCUCCCCUCCUCCUCCCUGUCUAAUUAUUUUACUAUAUAGCAAACCUUUCAAACCCAGAUCCCAAUCAAGCAUCAGCAAUCGCAGGAGAGACUGAAAGGAGGUCUGUAUCGAUAAUGUCAGGGGAGGAGAGAUGGUGUGUGGUGACUGGAGGCAGGGGAUUUGCAGCCCGCCAUUUAGUAGAAAUGCUAAUUCAAUACGACUUGUUUUCUGUUCGUAUAGCCGAUUUGGAACCCCAAAUUACCCUCUCCACGGAGGAGCAAAAUGGAGCCCUCGGUCACGCCUUGAAAUCUGGCCGUGCUAACUAUGUCUCCGCCGAUCUCCGUGACAAACCUCAAGUACUCAAAGUUAUUGAAGGAGCUGAAGUCGUGUUCCACAUGGCAGCUCCUAAUUCGUCUGUUAAUAGCCAACAGCUUCACUACUCUGUCAACGUUCAAGGAACAAAGAAUGUAAUUGAUGCAUGUGUGGAGCUAAAAGUGAAGAGGCUUAUCUAUACAAGCUCAGCUAGUGUGGUUUUUGAUGGAAUUCAUGGAAUCAUUAAUGGAGAUGAGUCAUUGCCUUAUACAGAUAAGCCUCUCGAUUCGUAUUCAGCGACUAAAGCAGAAGGUGAGGCUGCGAUUCUCAAGGCCAAUGGUACUAAUGGACUGUUGACAUGUAGUUUACGGCCUAGCAGCAUAUUCGGCCCUGGAGAUAGGUUGUUUGUUCCAUCUUUGGUUGCUGCUGCAAGGGCUGGGAAAUCUAAGUUCAUGAUUGGUGACGGCAAUAACAUCUACGAUUUCACAUAUGUUGAAAAUGUGGCACAUGCCCACAUAUGUGCCGAUCGAGCUCUAGCAUCAGAACAAGAGGUUGCAGAGAAAGCGGCUGGGCAGGCAUAUUUUAUAACCAACAUGGAGCCCAUAAAGUUUUGGGAAUUUACAUCACUUAUAUUGGAAGGCCUUGGCUAUGAGAGACCAAGAAUAAAGAUUCCCGCCUUUGCUGUGAUGCCGAUUGCACAAGUGAUAGAGUGGAUAUAUAAGAUAUUUGGCCCAUAUGGGAUGAAAGUUCCGCAGCUGAUACCUUCAAGAAUUAGACUACUCUCAUGCAGCAGAUCUUUUAAUUGUUCAAAAGCAAAGGAUAGACUUGGUUAUGCACCUAUUGUACCACUUGAGGAAGGCUUAAAAAGGACGCUUGAGUCAUAUCCUCACUUAAGGGCUGAAAAUCAACCUAAAAGAGAAGGGCCAUCUAAAGCCUCCAUAUGUCUCGGAAGUGGAAAGGUUGCUGAUACACUACUUUGGAAGGAUAAAAAGCAGACAUUGAUAACAUUGUUAGUUCUGGUUGCAAUUUACUACAACUUCAUUGCAUCUCAGUCCACCAUUGUUACUGCUGCUUCAAAGCUUCUCUUGGUGGUAUCAGUCUUCUUGUUCAUCCAUGGAAAUUUACCAGAGAAAGUGUUUGGAUAUACAAUUGAAAAAAUUCCCAUGUCAUAUUUCAACUUGUCAGAGGAGAGGUCGCACCAAACUGCCCUUUCAGUGGCUUCAUCAUGGAAUGCUGCUGUUAAUGUUUUAAAAUCUCUUUGCAAGGGAAAUGACUGGUCAUUAUUCUUCCAGGUGGUGAUAUCACUAUUGAUUCUUAGCUUCCUUGGAGCCAUUUCAUUUCAGACCUUAUUUAUUAUAGGACUUCCUGUUGCUUUUGCUGCAUUCUAUUUGUAUGAGAAAAACGAACAAGCAAUUGAUUCUAUGUUUUUGGAAGCUCUCUCUUUGGGUUGCAAAAUGAAAUCUGACAUCACCAAAAAGGUACUUGGUUCCAAGAAGAAAGAUUGAUGGCUGACUUCCAUUUUUUCAUCCGCAUGCUUGUAUUGUGUCUGGUACCGACUGGACUCUUUCACUUGGUAGUUUGAUUUUGAAAUGUGGGGGUUGUCAUACGGUUUUGGGUUAGAUGCAAUUCUGCUCAUGUUUGUCUAUAGAGAAUCCUUUGUGGAAAUAAGCUACUCCUGUUUUGUUUUAUAACUUGAAUUAUACAUGGGAGCUGACAUGUAUGUUAUUCUACCCUGAUUUUUCUUUUUGAUUAACAUGCAAUUUUUCUUUGUUUUAA